AUCAAAUAUUUCUAUUUCUGAAAGCUUUGAUAAAAAUGAAAAGUCUAAUACUACAAAUGAUAGUCUUAAUACCUCGAAAUAUGAAGAAAAAGCAAAUUGUGAUGAUACAAAUCUUAUUGUGCUUAAAUCUCAAGAGAAAGGACAAAAUAAAAAAUAUUUUUGCAAGUAUUGCAAAAAAUUACAAACUAAAUUUGCACGACACUUAGAGACUGUUCAUAAAAAUGAGGAAGAGGUAAAAAAAUUUAUUUUGCUUCCUAAAGAAUCGGAAGUUACAGAGUUGGCAAACUUUAUGGGUCAUGAUAAAAGCAUACACAAAUCGCAUUAUCGACAGUCAAUUCCUGAAUUAGAUAUUCCAAGAUUCUCCCGACUUCUAAAUCUAGCUAUUUUUAAUGAGGAAAAUGACAAUGAAGAUGGAGAAAUUGAGCAAAAUCUUAUUUCUGAGAAUUUAAAUGACUCAUCUGAAUCCUCUCAUUCUGAUGAUAUUGAAAUUAAUAAUAAUAUACCAUCAUCAAAAACACCUAAGAAAAAACGAAGCACAUCACCAUUUGGGCCAACUAAAAGGAAGCGAUGGACGCAAAAAGAAAUUCAAAUAAUAUUAACAGAUUUUUCUCAAGAAAUAGAAAAAUCACGCUUACCAUCUGGAAGAGAUAUUGAGACUUUAAGACAAAAACAUUCAUGUCUACAAAAACGCACAGUGCCGCAGAUAAAGACAUGGCUUCAUAAUAUUAUAAGUGGUAAAACAAAAAUUCCAAAGAUUUAAUUAAUUUUCAUAAUAUAUUAUCCU